UGACCCGGCUCCUCGUCGGAGGCGAGUGCUGCAGCUGGGACGAGGUGUGAGGCUGGGCGGGCGCGCGACGCUGGUUCUCGAGGACCGAAUGUGAGUCAGUGCAGCAGAAAAUGUCCACUGAACGGACUUCUUGGACCAACCUGUCCACUCUUCAGAAAGUAGCCCUGGGCCUGGGGAUCCCGGCCAGUGUCACCAUUGCCUACAUCCUGUACCGCAGGUAUAAGGAAAGCCGAGAAGAGCGGCUGACGUUUGUAAGUGAAGAUGACAUCGAGGUCGAGAUGCGGAUUCCCCAGGACUCUGUGAAGUUGAUCAUUGGCCGGCAAGGAGCCAAUAUUAAACAGCUGCGGAAGCAGACAGGUGCUCGGAUUGAUGUGGACACAGAGGAUGUAGGCGAUGAGCGGGUGCUGCUCAUAAGUGGGUUUCCUGUUCAGGUGUGCAAGGCCAAAGCUGCAAUCCGCCAGAUCCUGACGCAGAAUAACCCAGUGUCUGAGCAGCUCUCGGUUCCCCAGAGAUCUGUGGGCAGAAUCAUAGGGAGAGGUGGUGAAACAAUCCGUGCCAUCUGUAAGGCCUCUGGAGCCAAGAUUACCUGUGACAAAGAAGCAGAAGGGACACUGCUACUGUCGAGACUUAUAAAAAUCACAGGAACGCAGAAGGAAGUGAAAACGGCCAAGCAGUUGAUCCUGGAUAAAGUGUCAGAAGAUGAAGAACUUCGGAAGAGAAUUGCUCAUUCUGCAGAAACUAGAGUUCCACGCAAGCAGCCCAUCAGUGUGAGGCGAGAGGACGCGAUAGGGCCAGGCGGAGCCGGGGAGCCAGCCGUGUGGAGGAGGAGCGCUUCUGGCUCAGCGGAGCAAGCUGUACUGAUGUCUGUGGCUCCCCACCGAGGAGGGGGCGACAUAACUGUUGUAGGGCCACAGCAGGAAGAAGGUUCCUGGGAGAGGCCCAAUGGUGAUGGCUUUGAGCAGCAGUGUGGAGCCCAGGCCAGUCCACAGCUGUCCAUGUUUGAAAUCCCCAGUCCCGACUUCAGUUUCCAUGCCGACGAGUACCUGGAGGUCUAUGUCUCAGCCUCGGAAAACCCUCACCACUUCUGGAUCCAGAUCAUAGGCUCCCGCAGCCUGCAGCUGGACAAGCUUGUCAGUGAGAUGACCCAACACUACGAGGACAGUCUGCCUGAAGACUUGACAGUGCAAGUAGGAGACAUUGUAGCGGCGCCUUUACCGGUGAACGGGUCCUGGUACCGAGCCCGAGUCCUUGGCACCUUGGAGAAUGGGAACCUGGACCUCUACUUUGUUGACUUUGGCGAUAAUGGAGAGUGCCCACUGAAGGACCUCAGAACCCUCAGGAGUGACUUCCUAAGUCUUCCGUUUCAAGCAGUAGAGUGUAGUCUGGCACAAAUCGCCCCCUCAGGUGAACAGUGGGACGAGGCGGCUCUGGAUGAGUUUGACAGACUCACUCACUGUGCUGAGUGGACCCCCCUGGUGGCCAAGAUCUCUAGCUAUGUCCAGAGCGGGGUCUCAACUUGGCCAAAGAUCUACUUAUAUGACACCAGCAACGGGAAGAAAUGUGAUAUUGGAUUAGAAUUAGUUCGAAAAGGAUAUGCAAUUGAACUUCCUGAAGAAAUGGAAGAAAACGGAGCUGUCCCUGACGCAUUGCAGGCCACUGAUGUCUCUCUAGACAGCAUGUUCCCAGAGUCCAAGAGGAGCCCCGGAGAGAUGGCACAUACCCUGUCCUGCCUCAGCUUAUCAGAAGCGGCCUCCCUGUGUGGCGAUGACAACCUUGAAGACGACUACGUGCUCUGAAGUCCCUGCCCAGCGGCUGUGCGGUCCUCUGUACAGCAGGAAAGUCACGAGGGCUAACAACCAGGGCCCCCUUCCCCACGCCCCUCUCUUGCUUCUUCCCAGCACUUCCUGCAGCUUCACUUGCUUUCAGAGAGAGAGCCCGGUCAAGCUGUGCAUGUCUUUGACAGGAGAGAAGCAGCUAUGAUUUAAAAAAAAAGAGGUCCCCUGCAGUCCCUCCUCUGUUACACACAAUCUACCUUGUGAACACCUGCCCUGGACUACCAGCAAAUGUGUGAUAGACACUUACACACACACACCCCUCCCUCCCAGUGUUUGAAUACCGCUGCAUUAUUACUUCCUGCCUGUUCAGCAUCAGGGUCCCCCCAGCCCCCUCCCUGCCAUGAUGCCCAUCCACACUAGGCUGUGUCCUUUUGGAAGCUGGGAAACAGCCAGGAUUUUGGUCACUGGACGUGAUGAAGCUGCAGACAUCUGACUCUGGGUAAGAGAGGUUUGGGGACUCCAGCACUGCAGCGAGUCAGAAGGAAAAAGCAGAAAUUAGCCAGGGAGCAGGGGAGAGAAUAGUGACCCCAUCCCACGCCAGCGUCAACUGCUGACACGCUCCUGGAGCCCAGGACUUCUGAAGCAGUGCUCCUGCUGUUUCCCUGAAGACUUUAGUAAAAACCAGGUAGAAAGACAGAGGCAAAAUAAUAAUAAAUUUUUUUAAAGAGGCAACUCAUUGAACGACA